AUGCGAGGCUUGAUCAACUACGGGACCUAUUGCAGCAUCAACAGCGUCGUCCAGUGCCUGUACGAGACGCGCGAGCUGCGUGAUCUCAUUCGACGAGUCGACGAACGGGAUUACCAGGCUCCUAAUCAUAAAAACACGGUGGCCCCGACGCUCAAGAGCCUCAUCCGUGAAAUGAGCACAGACGGCCCGUCGCCGUGCGAUCCGAGUUGUCUCGUAGACUCGAUGAGCGCGUACAGCGGAGUGCGCUUCGACGUUCAGGAGGACUCGGAGCUCAUCUUCAAGUGCAUCGUCAACGCUCUAGCGGACGGCUGCGGGGCUGCCAAAGAGAUCGGCAAAUUGUGGGACAUCGAGAAGGAGGACAGCGUGCGCUGCCUCGGUUGCAACGCGGUCCGGUCUAUACGCACCAAGUCUAACACAAUUCCUGUGUCGAUCGAAGAGAAUCUCCCCGACGAGCUGCAGGAAUACAUCAAACGGCACUCUGACACAACAACGACGUGCGACUGCCAUUGCGCAAACUGUCACACGAGAACCCGGGUCGAAAUCGCCAGCAAAGUUGUGUCGUUACCCCCGGUCGUGUGUAUGAGGAUCGCACGAGUUAAAAACAUCGGCAGAGGAGCAGCUCACAUAGUCAAGACGGAGAAACGCUUCGCUUUCACCGAGACUGUGGAUCUGAAGUACCUCGUGAAGGAGCCCGCGGACACCCCUACUCUGUACGAGCUGUAUGCCGUCGUGGCCCACCGUGGCACUCACUACUGUGGACAUUACACGGCUUAUGUGCGGGCAGAAGACAGCUGGUAUAUCGCGGAUGACACUUACAUAAGGAUGUGUUCCUGGGGGGAUGUCAAGACAACCUACGAAGCGGGAUCCAACUUAUACGACGGGGUUGCUUACAUGCUCAUGUACCGCAGGAGAAACAGUUCUCGUUGA